UUAAUGCUGCUACUGUUUCUUCUUGCCACUGUAAAGAACUUUGAAUUCCCUUUGUGUAUGAAAUUACUGCAUGUUUAGUGUAAAUUGCCUGGUUUUCUGCACUCAGAGAGAAAAUGUCUUCCCCGUCAGAGGAUCUCGUCUGUCCGAUCUGCCAGGACACCUUUAGAGCUCCUGUUGUUCUAACAUGCAGCCACGGCGUCUGCAAAAAAUGCCUGAAGAGCUGGUGGAAAGAGAAACCAAUACAGGAGUGUCCAGUUUGUAAAAUAAGAUCAUCAAAGAGUGACCCACCUUGCAACUUGGCAUUAAAGAGGCUGUGUGAGGCCCAAAAGGUAGAGAGGAGAGUUUCAGCACGGCCUGAGGGUCUCUGCAGUCUGCACUCUGAGAACCUUAAACUCUUCUGUCUGGACCAUCAGCAGCCAGUGUGUCUCAUCUGUCAGCAUUCAGACAAACGUACUGGACAUACAUUUAGACCUAUUAACGAAGUUACACAGGAUCACAGAGAGGAGCUCCAGAAAUCCCUGAAGCCCUUACAGGAGAAACUGAAGCUCUUUGAUCAAGUUAAAGGAAACUGUGAUCAAACAACAGAACACAUUAAGGUCCAGGCCCAAGACACAGAGAGGCUGAUUAAGGAGCAGUUUGAGAAGCUUCACCAGUUUCUACAAGAGGAAGAGGAGGCCAGGAUCAAAGCUCUGAGGGAAGAAGAGGAGCAGAGGAGUCGGAUGAUGAAGGAGAAGACUGAGGCUGUGAGCAGAGAGAUAUCAGCUCUUUCAGCCACAAUCAGAGCCACAGAGGAGGAGCUGAGAGCUGAAGACGUCUCAUUCCUGCAGAACUACAAGGCUGCAGUGAAAAGAACCCAGCAGCGCCCCCUGCUGGAGGAUCCACAGCUGGUCUCAGGAGCUCUGAUAGAUGUGGCCAAACACCUGGGCAACCUGGCCUUCAACAUCUGGAACAAGAUGGAGGUGGUGGUCUCCUACACUCCUGUGGUUCUGGAUCCAAACACUGCUCAUCCAGAACUCAUCCUGUCUGAAGAUCUGAUCAGCGUGAGAUGUGACAAGAAACAGAUUCUUCCUAAAAACCUUGAGAGGUUUGACUUCUUUCGCAUUGUCCUCUGCUCCCAGGGCUUUGACUCAGGGACUCACAGCUGGGAUGUUGAGGUUGGAGACAACACAGACUGGUUUGUUGGCGUGGCAGCAGAAUCCGUCCAGAAAAAGGGAAAACAUCCAUCUUGUUUAUGGAGGAUAGGGCUGAUGAAUGGUACAUACACAGCACGCUCCUUAUCAGACCCCUCUACAGUUCUUUGUGUGAAGCAGCAGCUCCAGAGGAUCAGAGUGAGUCUGGACUGGAACAGAGGAAAACUGUCCUUCUCUGAUCUUGGCACAAACACACACAUACGCACCAUCACACACACAUUCACUGAGAGGCUGUUUCCAUACUUAAACACUAAAAACAUAAGCCCACUAACGUUAAUACCAGUGAAGCUCUCUCACAGACGAACAUGAUCACUUCCUAAAAGCCCUCACUGCUUCCUGUGUGCUGGCAUAGUGUGUGCACAGACUGAGAGACUAUGGUCAAUGACCAAGAAGCUGAGCUUGGGUCAAGUUUGGCUGCAGUGCAACUCAAACCUCAUUGUUGGUUGAUUCUUUUGUAAUUUCAUUUAGGUUUAUUUACAAUGGUUAAUCUAAUAGUAGGGCUUUUACAAUUGCAUGACAGUAUGUCUGUCACCUGAGUCUGUACCCAACAAAACGUGAUCUAGAGGCUGACAUGAGGCCUACAUGAAGUCUGAAGCUUAGUCUAGGUUCCUGUAUGGCGUCUGAGGUUGCCAAAUUAGGUAUGAAGUUCAGGACAACUUCAGGGACUACUGUGAGCCACUAGAAGAAGCACCUGCAGAGCAGAGUUUCAUUUUGUCUGUGUUGUUCUUGAUCUCAUUAAGUAAACUGCCUGAAAUGGGAACUUUAGAGUCCUGGUCUUUCUUCAACUUUAUCUUAGUAUCCUUUCACUCAUCCAACAAAACUAAACCAAAUUCCUGGCAGAUUACUUUGUAACUAGCGACACAUUCUGUUUAAAUGACGAUCAUCACAGCAGGAAGAAACGCUCAUCACUGAGAGAAUGUUCCAGAGCUGUAAAACCCAGUGUCACAGCAGCACAAACUGCAGUGUAUUGGCACAUGGUAAGUCUUUAAACUCACAGAUCUAUUUCUCCAACAGGCCUUCUUAGAUUAAAGUUUGUCGUCUCACUCGCCAGGUGCUAGAAAGAAAAAAUAAUAAAUCACAAAAUAGUUGUGCAGACAACAGAGGCACUGUCAUUCGUGAUCACUAGAUGUUAUUCAGUUACAAUCGUUAUGUAAAAACUAGCUAGGGUGAUGCAACUUGCUUUUUCCCCCCAGUAAUAAACCUACAGUGAGUUAUAAGAGCUGGCACAACCAGGCCCAGGAGGUUUAAGAGGAAGAUUCAAGGAAAUCUAAGAGCUUAAAUGUAGUUUGCAAUUGUAAUGUACAGUUGAAAACGAGCCAUGUGGCCUACACUGGCAUAUUUACAAUAAUGUUUAUUAAUUAUGCAUCAUCUCUAAAAUAAAUUCGUUGAAAUUAUGGUUAAUGCCAUGGGUUGUCAAGAUGUUUGUGGAGAUGUCAUGAAUGUACAAACCAAAACAUAAUUGUGAUUUUACAACAUACUAAUUUUUUUCCAUAUAGUUUUGAAAAGACUAAUCAGAUUAAUUGUUCAGUUUGGCAGUUUAAGUAUUUACAUAAAGUGCAGAUGCAGAUUUGGUGAGUCAGAAUGAGAAUGACACAAGCAGUGUUGGAAAGCUGGAUGAGCCACAUCUGCUCCUGGUACUAGACAUGAAAAACUGCCAAAGCGAGACGUUUUGUUUAAGAUAAUUUAUUUUGUACAGAGAGACGUUCAGAGGCGGCAUCUGACUGACUGAGGGGGCGUAUGGACCGCCCAAAGAGAAUGCAUUUCCACACCCAGGAUGAUACUAACUUUGAGGGCACCAAUUUCUCCGUGUUUGUGUGGAUAUCAAGUAUAUUACAAAGAUGGACAAUCGACCCGUCGGCCACUCGUGACAAAGUGUCUGGUACAAGGUGGACUGCUGCCAGUGGAGACUCGGUGCAGAUCAACCAAACUUUGUGGAGGCUGCGUUCAAGAACGUCACAACUCUGGCACAGACUUGCAUCACAACAUUCCAGAUACAGGAAAAUCUAUCAUGCCAACAAAAAAAAAA